AUGGCGGUGGCGCCGGCGCACUGCUUUGAACCACCGCCUCGGCUGCACAUCGGCGUUGACUAUCGAUGGGAUCCUCUGUUCUUUCGAAUACCAUCCCCUCGGGGGCCGACAGCCCAUGCGUCAUGCGCGGCGCCGAGCGAAGGUACAGACGGCGUGCCGCACGUGGUUGAUCGGCGGAGCCUUCGUGAGAGUAGCUACUCACCCGACAUAGUGGCGCGGCAUCCCGGCAGGGCGUUGCGCAAUCAGGCCACGAGUGGCCCUCAGCUGCAGCGGCGACAGGGGUCGGGUGGUGAACACCGCCGUGACUCGCCAAGGGCGUUGCGCGGGGAGGAUGCGAGGCGGGAUUGCCUGAGCUGCGGGCCGAUGCAUAGCGAGGGGGCGGUUUCCUCUCAAACGGCAGUCACACCGCAGCCGAGCCCCGCGCCAGCCCCGCGCUCCCCGCCCACGUGCAAGAGGAAGGAGGGAGCAAACCCCGCGGCGUUCAGAAGGUCCAAGGCCAAUGCAGCCAGCGCCGGAAGGGUGGUGCUCUCACAUCCCCACGACCACAGUUUGGUACGCUCUCCACGCCUCACACGUUCUGCCAUCCUGCGACGUGAGUUUAACACCUCUGAUGCACCCAGCAAGCAGGUCCUGGGAUCUUCUCUAGAUUUCGCGAACCGGGUGGGUGCAACUUUCCCACGCACACCAGCUGAGGUCGGUGGCGUAAGAAUGGCACCGACGCACGGCGAAGGCGCUGCUCAGCCAUCCACUUUGCUGGCGGGCGGUGCUGCGAUGCGGCAUUGCCAAGACCACGCAUGGGUGUCCACACUCUGUGCUGCAUCCUUGACGCCCCGUGGAACGCGGGCUGCAGCGCUUCGUCUGGAACACGUGAGGCGCAAACUUAAUGUUGAUCUUGUGCCACGUGGCUCUGUUGCUCGCCCACAUCACUUUGAGCGCACAGCUGUGGCGGCGGGAGCGGGGCUGGUUGUUGUGGAUGGGAAUUGCUACAGCGAUGUAGAGGGCAUGAGGUGGCGAAGUGAGAUUCCACCCAUUCCAAAGCUUUGGGAGCUCUGUGCGCCGCGCAUGGCGAAUCAAAGCACGCGGACCAAAGGAGGGAAUGCGGUGUGGGUCUCAAGUCACGGGCUCGACGCUGCUACGACGAGAAGCUGGGAAGCCAAGGCACGGGGGCGCCUGCUAAGGAGUGAAACAGCCACCAAAGAAAGCGGUGUUUGUCGUGAUGGCGUUGAUCAGCUCAGCAUACUGUGUGACGAGGAGGGAAUCAUUUUUACCUCAACUGAAAUGAACGGUGGUGGUGGUGGCGCCGUGAUGCCUGCCGAUAAGUUUGAAGAAGGACCGGAGGGGAACGCGGUGGCCGAGGAUCCCGACGCUUGCCGCUUAAGGAUCAGUGCGGGCAAGCCAGAAUGGGUGAAACCGCCUGUUCAGAGUAAUUUGUGCGCAGUGGAGGAGGCGGGUGAGCCGUGUUGUGAGGGGGUCAAGAUGACGCCUAUGCAAAGCGUCAAGGACAACAGGGAACGCACCCUUUCACCCUUUGAUGUGGUGGAGUCGUUGCAUGAAUGGUCCUCAGACCCAUUUUCCGAAGAUGCAACUGAAACUCCACAAAGCUUGGCCGUAGCGGAAGUGGAAGUGGAAGAGGUGGUUAACCCGCCUUCCUAUUGGCGUGCUGAGACGUUGCCAAUGGUCGAGGCAAACGCCGUCUGUGCAGCUCCCUCAGCGGUAAUUGUUGAAGAGUACCUCUCGCCGUCUAUUACACCGGGACAGAGAGAGGCAAGUGAUACUGUUGCUGCUCUCUCACGAACUUCUGCCCUGACAGAUGAUCUCCCGCUGUCAUCAUGCACAAAACGUCAUCUGACGGAGCGAAUGGCAUUGAUGCCGCGCUACCUUCCGCUGGAGUACGCGGCGGUGCCGAAGCGAACGAAGAUGCGGCUGACACCAAGUACCACGCUGCGAAACUACAAAGCCCUUCAGCGAAGGGUUCGCAUGAACGUCAUGAGGACGUUCUUCUACAAGUGGACCACCUGGAUCAGGCUUCGUACAAGGAUGGGGUGGGCGUCGGUGGGUCAAGCGCAUCCUUGCACGCGCAGCAGUGGGCACAUGCCCCUGGUGCCCUCUGCUAUCUUGAUGGGGCCGGCCUUUACACUCUGCGGCGAGACGGUGGCGGCAGAAGAUGUGCAUGCCACGCAGCAAAACGGACCAGAUGUGGUGCGGGAAACGGUGUCAAAGGAGCUGUGCGCCACCCCAACCCAUCCUCAUGUGUCGCUGAAGAAGAAGAGCCCCCCACCGCUCUCAGUGAAACUGCUGGAGCGGGUGGUCGGCAGUAACGAGCAAACCCGGACGACGUUGCAGGACAUGGAGUCCACGUGCGACUCUAAUGACAGUAGGUUUGCCUCCUCAUCUUUGGCCUCAAGGGAGGAGGACUGUGUUUCUCCCCAGUCGCGCAGUGCUCACGCAGAAUAUGAAAGGGACUGGACUUCCUCAGAGGGGACUUUGUUAGACUCCCUGUGUUCACUCACCCCCAUUAACUGCGAUGCGCAGGAGAUGAAGCUCUUGCCAAGCCACAGGUCGAGUGCAUCACUGAAGUCAAGAAGUACUUUAUCGGCGAGUGAUUCGCAAGGGAGCCUGGACGUGGAGGAUGUCAUACCUGCCCCCAAAAGAAGUUUCCAGUCCACCGCAUAG